AUGACAGACUUCGAGUCGGAUGAGUCCAAGAUCUCAUUAGAGAAGGAGCUUCGAGAGCGACAUCUCGAACUCACUCCGGAUGGAAGCGCUCUACGAUGGAGACGUGACAAUCCUAAAUAUCCGAGGAAUUGGACGGGGCUUCGGAAAUUUUACGAUACAGGGGUUAUCUGUUUGUUGGAUCUCUUUAUAACUGCAAGCAGUACAGCAGGUGCGGCCGCAGCAGCAGAAGCAAAACACGAAUAUCAUCUAGAUCCAACCUUGGCAACUUUUUGCUUUGUCUCUUUAUUCCUCCUUGGUCAGUGUCUAGGUAACAUUGUUUUACCUCCAUGGUCUGAGUGCUUUGGGCGGAAGAGGAUGUACCUUCUCAGCAGUGGUCUGAGCAGUAUCUGCUGUGCAGUCAUCGGACUUGUUCAUUCUCUACCCACAGCUAUUAUUAUGCGCAUUAUUGCUGGCACUCUUGCGGCGGUUCCUGGAACCAUUCUGGGAGGAAGUAUUGAAGAUUUGUUCAAUAGUCAGGCCCGAAUCUGGGUCGUGUUUUUCUGGACUGCCGCUUCCAAUAUUGGCUUGAUACUUGGGCCUAUCAUGAGCAGUUAUAUCAUUGAGGCUCUAGAUUGGCGAUGGGUAUUUUUUACCUACGCAAUGAUUCUCGCGGCUCUCACAAUCCUAUUAAUGUUCAUCAAAGAAUCCCGAUCGUCUUGCGUCUUGACAUGUGAGGUUAAUAAGCUGCGGCACAUACUUCCCACAAUUCCAUCGGCCCUGAAUCACGAUCACUCUCCGGAUAUGCAAACGUUCGCGAAGGAAGCCCUCUUCAGACCAGUUCAAUUAUUUUUCCAAGAGCCAAUCAUUUUUACAAUUUCUAUGAUGAUCUCUGUUGCAAUGUCUAUUAUUUACAUUUUCACCGAAGCUCUGCAACCCAUCUAUCAAUCUAUGGGCUUCUCCGCAUCACAAGCCUCAUUGAUCUUUAUGGCGAUUGGUCUAGGGACUUGUUUUAGCACUCUGACCCGUAUCCUCGAUUGCUAUAUCUUCAACCGUCGACGCGAUCAAGGUCUUCCGAUCAAGCCAGAGCACAAGCUAGCAGGUCUGGCAAUCGGUGUGCCCUUCCUGGCAGUUGGGCUAUGGUGGUUCGGAUGGACCAUCCCGCCUAAGGUACCGGCACUAGGUGGACACUGGGUAGUGCCCACCGUCGCACUAGUUCUUGUUGGCUAUGCAUUGACAGAGUUAGACUCGGUUUUAUAUGGGUAUAUAUCGGACAGUUAUUUGAGUUACUCAGCGAGUGCGACCGCGGCUGUUGCAUUCAUGAGAGGUAUGCUAUCUGCAACAUUUCCACUUUUCACAAAUCAGAUGUUCGAUGGGUUAGGUGCCAAUAUCGCCGUUUCAAUACUGGCCGCUGUUGCAACGGUAUUCUGCGUUGUUCCACCCUUGUUCAUUUGCUAUGGUGAGAGAAUUCGAAAGAAGAGUCGUUUUGCAAGGUACAGUUGGGAAAUUCAAGAGGAGAUGGGAAAAGAGGAUGAAAUUUAG